AUGGCACCCGAGGUCUUCUUCACCGUUUGCUACGGCCACAAUAACCCUCCUCAGGUCAUCAAGGACAUGCACACGUUCACUCCCGCAAUCCUCGAGGGCUACUGCCGCCACCGAGUUCGACACGCAGACUAUCCUGGUGUUGUGGCUGAGAAGGGUCACAGUGUUCGUGGGGUUUACGCUACUGGACUUACCGAUGCCAACAUGAGCAAGCUUGACGAUUUUGAGGGGCCCGAGUAUGACAAGGAAAAGGUCAAAGUCAAGUUGCUCAACAAAGACGGCACUGUCAACGAGAAGGGUGAAACCAAGGAAACGACCGUCUACGUUUUCAACUCACUCAAACACCUUGAGAAGCGUGAGUGGGACUUUGAGGAGUUCCGAAAGACCAAGAUGAAGAACUGGACCCGAGGUGGAUUGGCUUUCGAUGAAUGUAAGUUGACGUACGCCAUGCUCAUGUGUGUGCCCAAUACUGAUGAUGCGGACAAUGUAGAAGUCUGA